UAGAUUCAUUUAUUCAUGGAAUUUUAGAAGUGACACUAACAUGAAUUAUAAACUAUGAUAUGCUUACAUAAUCAUACGAUACAAUGAUUACGUACAAUUUAUGCUUCUCACGACCAUAAAAAAAUAUUUAUAAAUAAAUAAAGGCAUGUCUUUGCUUAUAAAUAGUCAAAUCCAAAUGCAGAUUUUUACACCAUAAAACAAAAUUUGCUUAACUAGUAAAUAGAGAGUAUAAAUUAUAUAAUUAAUUAAAAAAUUAUCGCCAUGGCCGAAGAAGUCAAAGUCGAAGUCGAAGUCGAAGUUGAUGUCAAAGUCGAAGUCGAAGCAGAAGAAGAAGUGCAUGAUUAUGAUAAAGAACGAAAGCAUCACAAGCAUCUACAGCAAUUGACUGGCCUAGGCGCCAUGGCUGCCGGUGCCUAUGCCUUGCAUGAGAAACACAAGGCAAAGAAGGAUCCGGAGAAUGCACACAAACACAAAGUGAAGGAACAUAUAGCGGCGGUUGUGGCGGUUGGAGUUGGUGGGAUUGCGUUUCACGAGGGUCACGAGAAGAAGGAUGCUAAGAAGAAAUCUAAGGACAUCAAAAAUGGCAAGCACAAUCAUAAUCCUCAUAAAUAUCCACAAGGACUACGUUCGCUAAGUCGCCUGACUGAAGAGCAACGAGAAGUGACAAAGAUACUGAAAAAGAGCCAUGUGAAGCCGAAGGAAAUUUUGCAUCAUCUGAGGCAGAUGAAUCCGGAUACGGCUGCGUCCUUGAGAGAAGUGUACAAUGAAUCACAGAAAAUUAGACGAGAGGAAAUGAAAGGAAAAACAGUUAUACAACAUCUGUGGCACGAACUAAGUGAGAGUGGAUACAGCAAAUGGCAUCGAACAAAUCCAGCUGGUGAUACAGUGCAAGACGUUAUGUUUGCGCACCCUGAUUCAAUAAAGCUUUUGCAGUUAUUUCCAUACGUCAUCCUGAUGGAUUGCACGUACAAGACUAACAGGUAAUAAUUAUUUAAAUGUGUAUUACAUUUAUUAUAUAUAU